UUGGCUGGGAGACAACGGCGGCGGAGGCGGUGUGUCACAACUGCGCGUACAAGUCGUAGCUGGUGGUAAUGUCCGCCUCAGUAAUGGGAGUUCGCCGGGAUUCGGGGUACUUACUUCUCCUUCUCAUUGUGACUCUUCCAGUGUCGUUUUCUCGGGGAAACUGGAUUUUGAGGGAGAAACGAGUUAGCUCGAACCCACCUGCCAUGGGGCUGGGACUGAGGAACCAUUAUCAGAUUGUAACGCAGCACAAUCGGCUGAGGACACGGGUCACCCCUAUGGCUGCAAACAUGCAAAAAAUGGAGUGGAGCGAGAAGCUGGCCCUGCUUGCCCAGGAGAGGGCAGAAUCCUGCCACCCAGACCCUGCCCACCGGGACCCAAUGCCCAAUCACGUGGGCUGGAAUGCCCAACGCUCCGCCCCUGGGGCCGCCUCCUUCUCUGAGGUCAUUGACUCUUGGUUCCAGGAGGGGCAGGACUACAACUACCUGAGUGGCCAGUGUCAGGAGAACCGCACCUGCAGGCACUAUACGCAGCUCGUAUGGGCCACGUCCAGCCAGGUGGGCUGUGCCCAGUGCCUGUGUGCCAGCGGGUCCUCUCAGUGGGAGCUGUUUGUCUGCGCCUAUUCGCCCGGGGGGAACUGGGAGGCCAACGGGAUGAUGGUGCUGCCCUACAAGGCGGGUUCCUACUGCUCGCUCUGCACCUCCGACAUGUCCGGCUGCUUCCGCCUCUGGGAUCACGUGGGGGGCCUGUGUGAGACUCCCCGGAAUCCCUGUCGCAUGAGCUGCGGGCAGAACGGGCAGCUGAACGUGUCCACGUGCCAGUGCCACUGCGCCGCAGGGUUCACUGGGCGCUUCUGCCAGGUGCGGUGCAGCGUGCAGUGCGUACACGGCCGAUACAAGGAGGAGGAGUGUUCCUGUGUCUGUGAUGUGGGCUACGGAGGAGCAGAGUGUGCAGAGAAGCUCCAGUUUCCGUUCCACAGCUGUGGGGUGCGUAUCGACGGAGACUGCUUCAUGGUCUCCCCGGAAACAGACACCUACUAUGGGGCCAAAAUCCGCUGCCAGUGGAGGGGGAAGCUGAAGGAUAGGGUGUUCCUCUGGAUCUCCGGUGCCCCACAGGAGAAAGGAGGAAUUCUGGCUCAGAUCCAUAACCAGAAGGUUCAGGACAUCUUGGCGUUCUACCUCAGCCAGCUGGAGACCACUAACGAGGUCACUGACAUGGACUUUGAGACACGCAACUUCUGGAUUGGUCUGACCUAUAAGACGUCCAAGGAUUCAUUCCGCUGGGACUCUGGAGAGCAGCCGACUUUCACCAGCUUUGCCUUUGGGCAGCCAGACAACCUAGGUUUUGGGAACUGCGUCGAGAUGCAAGCUUCUAGCGCUUUCAACUGGAACGACCAGCGCUGUAAAACACGCAACAGAUACAUCUGCCAGUUUGGUCCGGAGCACAUAGCCCUCUGGAACUCUGCUCGCUGAGGACAGUCCCUACUGGAACCAAACCUUUCUGAGCCCCCCCCCCACUCCGUGGACAUGCUGACUAUUCAUCACCCACCCCUACGGCCACAUGCUUAAUCUAUAUUUUUGUAGUCUUUCUUGCAUUAGUGACUCGCUGUUGGGACGCACGUCGCUCCACAGCACCCUCUGUUUGCAGGCUGUGCUACACACUUCAUUUUUUUCUGUUACCUGUAGACCUCUGUGAAGAGGACAUGCCUCUUUCCGCUGAUAUGUGCUCAGCACCUGUGUCUCCCUCUCUCACACCAGCCUGUGUCUUCGCGCCUGCCUCUUCAUGGCCUUAAUCUGUACUGACCUGGUUCUCACAGAGACACUCUACAAUGCCCUUCCACCUCACAAACCAUGCUGCCACAUCUUCUGGGCCCUGAACCCCCUCUGUGGGCUGCAGCUCCCCCAAACCAGUCUUUGGUAAACAGAUACCCACCCCCCACCAAUGGGGCUUGAGAAUGUGGGGGCUUCCUCUCCUCAGCCUGAAGGAUCCGUCCCCCUUUCUGCCACCUCUGUGUUCCUGAGCUCAGUUUUAUCCAGCAGGCGACAGCUUAGGUGUAGAGCUGGCUGUCAACAUCACCGUUCUGUGUGCGAUGACCUGCUGAGUCACAAUAUGCCGUCUUACGCGUUACUCAUGCCGGUAAGAGGUGAGCAGGUAGGUCAGCCAAGGCAGCUGCUGAUUGCUGUCGCAUAGAUUAAAUGUACUUAUGACCGGCUCUUUUAGUUAACUUAUGUUUUAUUUUGUGCACCGAAUGUAUGCUGUGAUUACUGUUUUACUCAUUCAUAAAACAAUUUCAAUAAAUUUUAGAAUAAUA